AAGCGAUUUUCUGUGUACUCCGGGGAGAGACCCAUUUCAUCACAAGAGUCGAAGGAGGAAGAGAGAAAGUCCCCGAUGCAAUUUGGCUGGGUUUUGUGGGGAGGGUUUUCUCCCCGUCCCCCCCCCCCCCCGCCAUCGCUCAGUCUGAAGCCACAGUCAGCCUCCAGUGGCGCCGAGGAUUUCUCCCGCCGCCGCGAAUCCCUCCCUCCUUUAACAUCAAGACCCGGCAAGAUAUCACAGACUCCAGAAACAUUCAGCACUGGCGCGUAAUUCAUGCCUGAGCGACGCAGCAGCGAAGUGGAGCUGUUGCCGUUCGACCAGUCUGUUCCAAGGGGACAGUCCCGGUUGGGCUCGCUCGCCGGAUCCCAGCCUAGUGGAAAGAGCAGAGAGGACAGAGCACCAGGAAAGUAAGGAGUUCUGUCUUGGCUCUUUGGAGGAGGAGAACUGUGUCACGAUCCACCGAGUUGCUCUUGCGCCCCCCACCCCGGGAACAUCUUUGUCCAGGAUUCCGGGCUCCUUCCCUGCAGGACCACAAAGGCGCACCAGCAGCCGACUCAUGCGACACAGAAGCAGCACUUUCACAGCAAGGAAGAGCGCCCUGAGGAAGGGAGCCACCACUGGGAACUCAACCAAAUGUCCAGGGAGAAUCUGUUUCUUUUGGUGGACGUGGAUUUUUCUUAGUUUUGGAGUUGGGGGCAUCUCUCUCUGGAAGACCACCUGGAAGUCUCUUGUGAUCUCCUUUCAAAGCAAAAUGUGGCUGCUGGCUUGUUCUUGGUUACAGAGAAGAACCUCUCCUCACCGCACACAGAACUGAUUUCUGUUCCCUCAUGAGCACCAAAGACUCCGUUUAAGCAGGAACAUGUAUGGGAAACUGCUUAAUUCAACCAGUGCGACUGACCCUCACCUAAUCAUUCAGACCAACACUCCCUAUAUAGGGAGCACCCAGCGACCUGUCAGUUCCUCUGCCUUUUACAUGUCAACAGCCAGGGUGUUGAAAGAAGGCGAGAUAAAUAAGCCCGAUCUGGUGACUUACAUUGUCCUUUUCUUCCUUCUGUUCCUUGCUGUGGCAAUAAUUGUCCUUUUUAUUAACUGCCAACUGAAAAAUUCUUUUUUUGCCACACUGCCCUAUGACAGAUCACUGAGAGAAGCUAGGAGCCCAUGGAAAACACAAGCUGUCUAAUCCUCAAGGGGGAAAAGGUCUAAUAUAAGCUUUGUUAUGCUAUAUAAGGUGUCUUAUGAACUCAGAGACUUGUGAAAUAAGAUCCUACUCCUACAUUGUCACGGGAUGGAUCCAGCCACCUAUAAACAAUAUGUUUUUUCAAACACCAAGACAAUAUAUUUUCUGAAAGAAAAGGCAUACUUACUUAACAAGAAAUGUGCAAUGUUUGCCAAUGAGUGAAUGUAAAUAAAAAGACCUCAUAUGGAUUUACAUGACGAACAUGUUAUCACAGUCAAUGUAUUCAAAGAGUGUAUACCAUUAAUUUCAGGCUGCUGUUUAAAUGUGUAGAAGCGAAUAUGAUGAAUUUCAGUUGCUAUACAAGGAUGUUUGUGUUGACAAAAAGGUAUGCCAGUACGUCUAGUGGCCCUAAUGUGCUCAUGGAAACAUAGUUUUGAGAAACAUAUCAGCUCCAUACCAAUCCAUACCAAAUUUUGUUCCACGCAGAAGUCUCUGAUUUAAAUACUACCUAUGGCAAUCCAGUGAAAUUUUUUUUAAAAAAAAGAGAGGCACAAAGCAUUCUGAAAUCUCAGGUCUGGUCUGGUGUCUGAUAUGGUCACCUGCACUUGUAUUAUUGAAUCUUGUUCUACCAUGGUCAGAUUUCGUUAUUAUUCUGCCCAUAAUCUUGCAAGGUACUGAGCAUGGCAGCUUGAUCCCAGCAUGUAGACCUAAUGAACUAGAUCAUGCCUCCAGUUUAGAAGAUCCAAAAUCCUGCCCAUAAACCAGGGAUAUCCAGCACUUUGUUUAACUCCAAACAAUGAUAUUUCACAACUUUCUGCAGUUUGACAAUUGCCCUGUGCCCCUUCUUGUACAAGCUACAUCUAUUCUCCCCCGCCCCCACUUAAACCUAUUGCUGUGAUAAAAAUUGUUAAGCUAAUGAAAGGAUUAUGGGUUUACAUUAUUUAUGGUUAACAUAUGCUUCCCUUGCAAGAGAACACUGCAUAGAGUUGACAAUUUAAGGGCUAAUGUUGGAGUGGGUGAAAACUAAAAAUAUUGUUACUAAAAGAAUACACUGCACUGAAAAUGGUGAGGGAAAUAAAUUAUUUAAAGCACUGGAACACCACUUUAAAAACAACUAUAACUAAUAUUAAAAGACCACCAAAUGUUUUAUCUUUGGUUUCCUUAAUAUUCUAAAAUUAAGCCAUGGAACUAUUAAGGAGGACCAAUGUUAACAUAACCCAAUUUUUUUAAUCACUGAUGAUUUUCACUGGCAUAUAGUUGACAGUAUCUUGUUAAAGCUCCAUGACAGUUGAUGUGUUUUUGUUGCUGCUCAUUAAGAAGAUCUACAACAUGCUCACUCAGAUCAUAUCACUACAGGUAUUCAGGAUUCUGAACUGUAAUCCCAAGCACUAACAGAAAAACCUAUACUUUGGUUAUCUGAUAUUAUUACCUAAGAUUUAAAUACCAUCUCCAACUUGUAGGUACAAAUGGGCACAUUCUUAUUAACCUUCAUAUUGGUGUCAUUUGGGCUGUUCCAGUGUGAAAUCAGAAUGCUCAAGAUGCAUGUCUAGGAGCACAGACAUAUGUACGCAUUUUCAGACACCAGUUUGGCUCCAUUGAUAUAAAUGAAACUGCAGUACUAUGGCUGUUGGUGUAUCUCUUUGUCUACAUGUCCUUUAAAAAUUCAAAAUGAAUGUGUGCAUUGAAUGUUUAAAUAACAACGAUCCAAGGUGGCCAAGAUCUCCAUGCAUCGCUGUUCCUUGGACCUUAAGCAAUGUCCCUUAUAUCAGAAUAUAAAGGGAGAAUUUUGGCAGGUGUAGCUUCUCUUACCAUACUGCUGCAGUGCUGAGAAAGUCUUCCUUGAGGGCAAAGAGCCAUGUUUAGUUCUGAUUGUGAGAACUGUACAAAAGAGGGCCUGAAGAGAACAAGAGUUUGCAUACAGAAAGUCCCAGGAUACUCUCCAGGCAUUUCCAGUUAAAAAAAAUCUCAACAUGAAGACUAAAAGGAUUCGAUUGCUGCCUGAAAUAUGCUGGGAAGCUGGGUUUGAGCCCUGCUGCUAGUUAGCGCUGACUGUUUGGGACUAGAGAAACACGUGACUUUGUCAGUAUAAUAACUGUUUAUAUUCCAAAAAGAACACAGGGAUGUGCAUUACAAUGUGAUGCAUUCUAGACCAUCUAUUGCCUCAUAUGUUCAUACUUAAAAAGAAGCCUCUAAAAUCUUUUGGACUUGAAGACUGGACACCAUUGUUUGAGUCGCAGACACAACUCAAGCUUGUAUUAUAAAAUCCUUGUCAUCUGUCUAAUUACUUUCAUGCAACUCCCAAGGUGUUACACCGUAUACCAAGUCAAUUAAAUCAUUACUCUUCAGGAGCUUUCUCAAACUAAACAUAAAUCAAAUUUCAUUCUGAACUAAUAUGUUGGCCUCAUACUACUGAAACUUGGAUAAAACAUACUAUACAACAUGGAUCACACACACAAUCAGGCAGUCUAAAUUAGGUUUUACUGAUGAAAUAGUUAAAAUAUACUCCUUAAUUAUUCUUUAAAUGUGUUGCAUUGUACUGUAUUUUCAUUUUUUAAAAAUUAAAAAUAUUCAGUCUACAGUA